AUGGCAAUCACUCUUGUGGAGGAGCUAUCAAAAACACCAUCUUUCGCUUCCGGCCAGAAACUGCUUGCAUACUUCUUCUGUGAGUCUAGCUCAGGAAACCGGACAACAGUUACUGGAGUUUUACGUGGUAUCUUAUAUCACCUCGUGAUACAACGACCUGAACUUCUACGGUUUAUUUUGCCUAAGUACAACGACCGAAAGGCAACGCUCUUUUCAUCCUUUGAUUCUCUAUGGGGCGUCCUUAUGGAUAUCGUGAAUGACCCAGCGACAGGCACGAAGUACAUCAUCAUCGAUGCCCUAGAUGAAUGUGAUACUGAGUCUCAGAAGACUCUCCUCAAACAAUUUAGACAAUCCUUUCGAGACUCUACGUCAGGUUAUUCAGCCCCGCACGUACGCAUUUUGGUUACAAGCAGACCCUACCAAGAGAUACGGGAGGAUUUGGAACAAUUCAACAAUAAGGACCUGGGCUCAUUCGACAAGUCAAAGCGAGACGUAGAGCUCUUUAUCUCAGAAAGGGUUGCUCAAUUUAGAGCAAGAAAAAAAUAUACCAAGAAGAUUGCAGACGAGGUCACUCGUAUCUUGAAAGAAAAAGCAGGUGGUACAUUCUUAUGGAUCGGCAUCGCAUGCGACGAACUGGAUGAAAAACAAUCAAAGGAUGCCAUCCGAUACUUGCAAGGUUUACCUUCGGGACUUUACUCAUUAUAUCAAAGACUACUCGACAGAUGCGUGCAAAGCAAUCCAGAUGAGGCUAAGAUCAAACGCCUACUGAGUGUGAUUGCAGUCUCCCGUCAUCCACUAAGUGUGUCAGAGCUAUCUCUUGUUUGUGAGUUGUACAUCGAUGAAGAGGAGGAAGAGCGACUGAUAUUUACGCGCGAUGAAAUUCAUUCUUGCCGACUCCUGGUGGUAAUUCAGGAUGAUCAAGUUCAGUUACUCCAUAAAUCUACCAAGGACUUCUUGCAUCGGCAUUUUAUCAGUGAAACAAAAGCUCAUGCUAUGCUCGCUUAUCGUUGCGUUGAUCGCCUUAUUCAGUAUGCGGAUGCGAACCUAAAAGUCAACUACGGAGACGUUAUGAAGGAUUCAUUCCUUAGGUACUCCGUGUUUUUCUGGAUGGAGCAUGUCCGUUUAGCAAUGACAGAUUUCGCUGUUGUUCCAUCACAGGUUGAUUUUUUCAGUGUAAAUUCCAAAGGAAUGGAAUCGUGGCUGGAGCUGUAUAGGCGAAGUUCGAGAAAACCUGUACCUCAAGAGGGCACAAUAUUCCAUGUUGCAGCGGCAUGGAAUAUUUUACCGUUGAUCCAUCACGCAAUACCAAUGAAAGGACAUGAUAGGCAAACAAAGAUCUAUCAUGAUAAUGUCUUCAAAGACAAAUCCGGAAGGACACCGUUAGAGAUAGCUGCUUUUUUCGGACAUACAGAUAUCCUCAGUGCUCUUUUAGAACGACUGAACGAAAACGCGGUGAUUAAUGAAGAAGUAGUCAUUGCUGCAGCACAGUCUAGAGGUUCAAAAGAGCCAAUGAAACUUCUACUUGAACAACGAGGAGACCAGAUCCCAAUUACAGAAGAGGUGGUCAAAGCUGCCGUGAGCAAUUCUGCACAUGGGAAAGAUAUUAUAACGUUUCUACUUGAACAACGAGGGGAUCAGAUCCUAGUUACAGAAGAUAUGAUCAAAGCUGCUGUGAGUAAUGCUAUAUGUGGCAAAGAGAUUAUGAUGUUUCUAUUUGAGCAACGAGGAGACCAGAUUCCCAUCACCGAAGAGGUCGUCAAAGCUGCUGUGAGGACCAAGGAAGAUGGACCAUCCGUGGUUAACAACAAUAGAGACAUAGAGAUUAUAGCAUUUCUUAUUGAGCAACGAGGGGAUCAGAUCCUAAUCACAGAAGAAAUAGUCAAGGAUGCUUUGAGGAAUCCUGGGGCAAUGGCAGUUCUACUUGAAAAGCGAGGAGACCAGAUAUUUAUCACAGAAAAGCUGUUCAAGGCGGUUCUACGGACUUCUGGGUUUAUGGGAGUUCCGCCUGAACAGCGAGGAGACCUGAUCCCAACUAUAGAAGAAACAGAGGAGACUUGGACUUGGUAUGCAAGUGAAGGGAUAGAGAUAAUGGAAAUGUUGCUGGGCCGAGGAUUUAUCGACAAUUUCAUAACCCCAGACUUGGUCAAACUGGCUAUUCGAUUCUGUCCUGUCGAAUUGGUGAAGCUGCUUCUCCAUAAGCUAGGCAAAUACUUUUCGAUCACAACGGAAGUCAUGGUGGCGGCGACGCGCAACGAAUGGCAUAACGAAGAAAUGCUCGCACUGUUACUUGCUCACCAACUUGAUCCGAACUUUGUGAUUGAAGACGUUCUGGAGGAAGCAACAUAUCACAAACACAAUGCCCUGCAUAUGAUGGCUUUACUACUUGAUCAAGCAAAUGGUCAGAUCGCUAUUGCAGAACAACUAGUGGUGGCUAUAGCAACGAAUGGGUGGGAAAGUCGCAAUCAGUUGAUGUUGCUAUUGCUUACUGAACGAUAUAACUACGACUUAGUCCUUGUCACACCGGCCAAGGUGGUAGAACUAGGUGCACGAUUUUUCAACGCCGAGGUGAUGACACUGCUCCUCGAUCGACUAGGUGGUCGAGUAAUCAUUACAGAGAACCUUUUGAUGGCAGUAGAACAAAAUAAAAAUGGUGGAGACGAAUUGAAGAAGAUCUUGGUCAGCUUGACUGAUCAGCGGCGCGAGCACAACAAUAACCUCAGUGUUACAUUUUUACCGAGCUUUUACGUAUCUCAUGUUUUACAUGAUCAUUCUGAUGAAGUAUGGGUUUCUGAAUUUUCGCAUAGUGGAAACCAGCUUGCUACCGGCAGCAUGGAUGGAAGUAUCAUUAUCUAUGAUACAUUAUCAUUUACGAUUAUCCACCUUCUAUGUGCUCAUGGUGAGCACAAGCCUAACGAGUGGGUUAUUGCUAUUUCAUGGAGCCCAGAUGAUAAAAAGUUGGUCAGUUGCUAUUGGAAUGGCACCAUUCGGAUGUGGAACGUAAUUACAGGUGAUUUAGAAUUCCACUGCUAUCAUCGAAAAGCGACCGCAGCCAUCUUUUCUAUCGAUGGCAAAACGUUUAUCAGUUCCUCUGAAAACCGCUCGCAAUUACACCAAUGGAGUGACAGCGGCGAACUUCUGUAUUCGUGGCCUGAAGAUUUCCCUGCUGUAGCCUGGUCCUUAACACCAGACGGAACUCAAUUGAUCACAGGGGAUUAUUCGCGUAGAAGAAUUCACGUGUAUGACUUUCAGAAUCAUGAGAAGAAGCUCAGCCUUGAAUUUAGAGAAAGGCUGACUUGUGUCACUCAUUUCGGUGCUGCACAGGGCCCUUUACCCUGGUAUAUAUCAACGCCCUUAAGCACGAGCUCGAACAAAACGAAAGAGGAAGUGGAAGACCAGAAGCGGCUUGUUGCCUCACAUAGAGAAGAUAACAAGACACACAUGCAUAUGUUGAAGAUCUUACAGUGUAAACAGUUCCAUGAGAAGUUCAUUCAACAUGGGCAGAACGGGGGUUACGAGGCCGCUCGGCUCCUGAUCAAGGCAGCGGAAGACCAUAUCGAAAACCUUGGUACUCAAGUGCCACCAAAUAUCCCGUAUAAAAUUCGUGUGUAUGCCAACGUGGAAGGCCUGACGAAGGCCUAUCGUGAUGCCAGCAUUCUCCAUGGUAAUGAGAAUUUGACCACAUUUCUUCAAGCCUUUAAUAAGGCGAAUAUAUUAUGCGAUUUUGUGGAUGCAGGAAAUGGAAAGGAGUGUGCUGAUGUUAAGCUGAAAGCUCAUUUCGAGCAGGAUAUCGUAGACGUCCAUUGUGUGCGCGUCGUCUUUUGCGCCUCUGCUGAUAAUGGAUGGGCCCGCGUCCUCGGUCCACACAGGGGAUCGAAGCCUCCCUUUGCUCGAGAGAUGGAGGAAUUAGCGGCAGACUUCGAGACAACUUCGUUUGAAAGUGUAUUCAUGUCGCACAAGCUCAAGUCAAGGCGAGUGUCCUUCAGCGGUACAAGUACUUACAUCACUCCUCCGAGGACACCUACCCCGGAUUACGCGUCUGCAGCGAAGAAAAGCCCUCCUAUACAAUCAUCGCCUCUAGUACUUAGUCCUACGACACCGAAUGGGGGCCAACGUGUUGACAGUCUGGUGCAUUACUCUUCAAGAGAGAAUGUCGAGGAGUUGAAACGCCAGAAGUUGUGCAACCAGUUUCACCUCUUGGGAUCGUGUACCUUCAAUGACUGCACACACAAACAUGGACCAGCACUCAGUUCUCAGAAAACCGUUGAUUUGACGUAUAUCGCCAGAUCAUCUGUCUGUCCCAUUGGUAUUUUCUGUGAUAAUGUGAGAUGCACAGCCGGGCACAAUUGUUCAAACAUGAAAUGCUCUGGUGUCAAUUGCAGAUUCCCUGCCAACAUGCAUGGAGUUGAUACAGCUAUUGUCGAUCCACCGAGUUAG